AUGGAGCCCCAGGCACCCACACGUACCUGCAUCGACCCAAGAGGUGACCUGAUACUGGAAGUCGGCAGCGACGACUCAAAGGCUGCUUUUGUCGUCUGCUCUAGAGCCCUGUCAAGAUCAUCACCGUUUUGGGAAAAGAUACUAUAUGGCGAAUUCUCCGAGUCCCAGAAGAUGCACCUCGAGAGGGGCGAUGCCGAAUGGGUUGUAAAGCUUCCGGACGACGAUCCCGACGCAAUGAAAGUACUACUCGACAUCUCACACUCUCGAUUUGCCGAUGUACCGCAGGUUAUGUAUCCUGAUGAGCUCUACCCAAUUACAGUGAUAACGGACAAAUACGACUUGACCCAUCUCCUCCAACCUUGGGCCGAAGGAUGGCUCUCUCUGUUGCGGGAACAUCCCCGCCUGAAUGACGAGCACUUCUGGAUUGGCUGGAAUCUCUGGAUAGCCUGGUAUCUAGGCGAAGAUUACUUGUUUCGGAAGGCUAUCAAUUACAUGGCCACCUCAUUCAAUGCGCAGACCAAGGGAUGUGUCGGUGUCCUCAGUCCUCCAGGGGUACAAGAAUUGUUCAAGGAAUUCCAGCAAAAGCACUUUCAGGAACUACUGGAACCUUUCAAGACCACAACGGAUGGAAUUCUCAACGGUGGCCGCGUGAUUUGUUUGCACACAACGCCGAUGGAAGCGUGCGGCGAGUGGAUGUUAGGAACGAUAUCGAUGUCUCUACGAGCGAUGAAGAUGUGGCCGAUACCAGAUCCUGAUGCAAUAAGAGGCAGUCCUCGGGAGCUAGCGAAAAAGCUGAAAGAGGUAGCUCAACGGAUUUCCAAGGCACACCCCUUGAACCAUGUGUGUGGGAGCCACAUUUCCAAGGAACUGACGCAAAUUUGCCUUUCACGUCCGGUUCUCACGGAGGCGAUGAGACUCUACAUCGAUGCUCAAGGAAAGAAAGCAGGAUUGAUUGACUGUUGA